UGCUGACAGUGGAUACAAAUUACCAGGCGGGCUCCUAAUGACUAGAAAUAUAUUAAGAGUGGACUUGCACAAGAUCAAUAAAACUAAGCAACGUCACCAAUUUCUGUACAGUCACAUGGUGAACUUGAGAACGGAACAGCAGCAGCAGGAGGAGCUUGUUGAAGGAAACAUUUGUCAUUAGCACUUUGGAGUCGAUCUUCACUGAAAGCAGAAUUCAAAGGGUGAUCUGAGCUAAUGGAGGGGAAGGCUACAAGCAGUGCUCCCCCUGGCUACCAUGAAUCUAUGCAGCCACCAGGUUACCACGGAAACCCACCUUAUCCACCAGGGCCUCCAAUGGCAGCUCCAAUGGGCCCUUCGUACCCUGUCGUGAUUGGUCAACCUCCUGUGGUGGUCCAUUCGGUGAUUGUGCAGCCAUCUCAGAUCCUCGGUCCGCAGCCGGUGCAGACAACCUGUCCCUCCUGUCACCAAGUGGUGCUAACGCGAAUCAACCACACUCCUGGAGCACUGACAUGGCUUAGUGUUGGAGGUCUCUUCCUGGUUGGGUGUAUGCUUGGCUGCUGCCUGAUCCCAUUUUGUGUGGAUAGCCUCCAGGAUGUGCAACACAGAUGCCCCAAUUGUGGAGCUCACCUUGGGAACUACAAACGCCUGUAAAACAUCGCCUCAAGAUCUGGCCGUUUUCAUAAGUUCUCGGAGCAGAAUUAGGCCAUUCGGCCCCUCAAGUGUAAAUUGCCAUUCAAUCAUGGCUGAUCUAUCUUUCCCUCUCAACCCCAUGCUUAUAUACCUUCUCCCCAUAACCCCUGACUCCCGUACUAAUCAAGAAUCCGUCAAUGUCCGUCUUAAAAAAAAUAUCCAUUGAUGACCUCCACAGCCGUCUGUGGCAAUGACUUCUACAGAUUCUACACCCUCUGAUUAAAGAAAUUCCUCCUCAUCUGCUGCCUAAAGGUACAUCCUUUAAUUCUGAGGCCGCUGGUCAUAGACUUUCCCCUCUAGUGGAAACAUCAUUUCCACAUCCACUCUAUCCAGGCCUUGCAUUGUUCGGUAAGUUUCAAUAUUUUCCCUAUUCCAAGUUCCGAUGCUAUGUCAUGGCGGGCCAUUUGGCAAAAUGGGAUGACAUGUGUUGCCUGAAGUUGUAGGCUCACAACACUUCAACCAUUGGGAAACUGUUAGCAAAUGGACAUUUAAAACAAUUCAAUAGCCUGCUGCCUAUCUCCACAAUUCAAUCAGUUAAUGAAAGAUGCAUGCUCCAUCAAACUUCAUUAGGAGCCAUUUAUCUAUGCAAUUUACCGACUAAUAUUAUAUUUGAUUUUUAGUGAUUUAUACUAGAUUUGUUUCAGGGCUAGAACUAGUUUCUGAUUGAAAUCACUUCUGAAAAUCUCCCACCAGGAGCUUUGACUACCCAUAGAGUCGUACAGCCUGGUAACAGGCCAUUGGGCCCAACUUGCCCAUGCUGACCAACGUGCCCCAUCUACACCAGUCCCACCUGCUACUGCUUGGCCCAUAACCCUACCUAUGUACUUGCAUGAAUGUCUUAAAUGUCAUGAAAGUACCUGCCUCAACUACCCCCUCUGGCAGCUCGUUCCAUACACCCAUCACUCUUUGUGUUUAAAAAAAAAAGUUACCCCUCGGGUUCCUAUUAAAUCUUUUCCCCCCUCACCGUAAACCUAUGACCUCUGGUUCUCGAUUUCCCCUACUAUGGGCUAAAAACUCUGUACAUUUACCUGUCUAUUCCUGUCAUGAUUUUGUACACCUCUCGAAUAAGAUCACCCCCUCAUCCUCCAAGGAAUAAAGUCCUAGCCUGCUCAACUUCUCCCUGUAGCUCAGGCCCUCGAGUCCUGGCAACAUCCUCGUAAAUCUUCCAGCUUGACAGCAUCUUUCCUAUAACACGGUGUCCAACCCCUCCUUUACAUAAUAUCGUUCACUAGUAAUUGUUAAGCUAGAGUAAGCUGCUCUUCCAUUCACAAAGACAACUUGUCGAGCAAGAGACAAAUGUAAUGAUGGAUGCCUAUCACUUAACUACUGACAGACCUGUGAU